UCUGCAACGGUCAUGGAGUGCACUCACAAAAUACUUAGUUUCGAGUGUUCUCCGUUUGUGGACCAAACUGAGUACUCGAGACCGAGUGAAAAGACUCGGAAGGCUGCUGCUUCGCUUGACGUUUUGCCACCUGCAAGCACUUUCUGUGCGCCGCUGGUUCUGCCUGGGGACGAUCUGGCGGAGGACCCCGACUAUCCUGCGCAGUCGCUGCAAGAGUGGCUGGAUGACGAAGACCGGAACGCGGUGGAGCCGGGGCGGCGGACGCUGUAUGUUGUGCCACCGCCGACUGUGGACAAGGGCGUUGCGUUCGCCGAGGCGUGGAGUCACGUGCAUGCCGACAUCGUGCCGCCGAAUGUGGAGGAUGUUGGGGAGUACCUCCGCGCGUUCUACCAUGGGAUGGCGGUGGAGGUGCUGCCCGCGAGUACGCUGCGGCUGACGGCGUGGGACAGCAAGUCGAAAGCGCCGCGGUUUGUGGGGCUGCGGACGAAGGCGGGGGAAUGUGUGCGGAUCCGGACGCGGGCGGCGAAGGACGGCGUGUUUGCCCGGCAGCUGAACCUGGACGACCUGCUCGACACGGCGAUCAGUAUAUUGCCCGAUGACGCGUUUGCGCUGCUGCUGCUGGUGCCGUGGGAUAUCUACGAGAGCCCGGAGGACGACUUUGCGUGUGGGCGGGCGUAUGGCGGGAGUCGCGUCGCGGUGAUUUCAACUGCUAGGUACCACCCUGCGUUGGAUAAACGACAGAAUGUGCCCCGGACGCAUGCCUGGCCGGCGUCACAUUGCGCCAGCUACAUUGAGCGCUGUUGCGCGGAGGACCAACCACUAAAAAAGAAGAAAAAGAAGAAUGUCAAUUCCUCUGCAAGUGGACCAUUACACGCGGCCGUCGCCGCCCACAGCACCCUGCCGUCUCUGGAGCACCCAACGAAGGAGGCCCUUGCGGCGCUUUGGCUGGGCCGGGCCUGCCGGACCGCAAGCCACGAACUCGGACACUGUCUCGGGAUAGACCACUGUGUCUAUUACGCGUGUGUGAUGCAGGGCACCGCGUCGCUGAAGGAAGACGCACGCCAGCCACCGUUUUUGUGUCCCGUCGAUCUGGUAAAACUUCUGCAGGCGACCGGUGCGUCGAGGGAGCAGACAUAUCGCGCGCUGCUUGCCUUCUGUGAGAAGCAUAAGGGCGGGCAUUUAUUUGACGCGUUUGGCGCGUGGUUGCGGGCCCAGCUCCCACUGGAUUAA